AAGGUGUACGCGCUGCAGCCGCUGGACCACGAGGAGCUGGAGCUGCUGCAGUUCCAAGUGAGCGCGCGCGACGCGGGCGUGCCGCCUCUGGGUAGCAACGUUACGCUGCAGGUGUUCGUGCUGGACGAGAACGACAACGCGCCGGCGCUGCUGGCACCUCAGAUGAGGGGCACUGAUGGCGCAGUGAGCGAACUGGUGCUGCGGUCGGUGGGCGCCGGCGUGGUGGUGGGGAAGGUGCGCGCAGUGGACGCCGACUCAGGCUACAACGCGUGGCUUUCAUACGAGGUGCAGCCAGAAACGGUCAGCGCGCGCAUCCCGUUCCGCGUGGGGUUGUACACUGGCGAGAUCAGCACGACACGAGCCCUAGAUGAGACGGACGCACCGCGCCACCGCCUACUGGUGCUGGUGAAAGACCACGGGGAGCCAGCGCUGACAGCCACGGCCACUGUGCUGGUGUCGCUGGUGGACAGCGGCCAGGCGCCAAAGGCAUCGUCGCGGGCGUCAGUGGGCGCCACGGGCCCCGAGGUGACGCUGGUGGAUGUCAACGUGUACCUGAUCAUCGCCAUCUGCGCCGUGUCCAGCCUGUUGGUCCUCACGCUGCUGCUGUACACUGCGCUGCGAUGCUCCGCGCUGCCCACCGAGGGAGAGUGCACGCUGGGCAAGCCUACGCUGGUGUGUUCCAGCGAGGUGGGGAGUUGGUCGUACUCGCAGCAGAGGAGGCAGAGGUGUGCUCUGGGGAGGGUCCACCGAAGACCGACCUCAUGGCUUUCAGCCCGGGCCUUUCUCCUUGUGCUGGAUCUACAGAGCGAAUGGGAGAACCCUCUGCUUCUUCAGAUUUAUCUGGGAAGGACAGAAAAUGUCAGAUCGUAUGUGCAUUCUAUACCGCUGAUUCGUCGAUUUGUAAAACAAGAGAAGCAUAAGAUGGUUUCCAGAUGUAGCUGCCUGGGGGUCCAGUGUCCGCUGCUCUCGCUUCUUCUCCUCGCAGCCUGGGAAGUGGGGAGCGGCCAGCUCCACUACUCCGUCUACGAGGAGGCCAAACACGGCUCCUUCGUGGGCCGUAUCACGCAGGACCUGGGGCUGGAGCUGGCGGAGCUG